UUGUUCUCAACUGGCUUACCUGGUUAAAUAAAGGUGAAAUAAAAAAUUAAAAUUAAUUGUUCUAGGCUACCAACAUGUAAGAUAAACAUGCACAAUAAUACAGGAUACCUUUACAAAAAUGUUCUACUGUGAAACUGCAGAAUUUAACAAAAGACACGUAGGCCUAUGUAUUUUAUUUCAAUAACCUACUACAAUCCACCAGGAUUUACAAACCCUAUUUAUAUCCCAUUUAUAUCAAUAAUUAGUCAAAUUAUUGCACCUGAAUUUGACCCUGAAAAUGAGUUAUGUUUUCCUUUUUAAAGCUUUUGAGCAAUUAAAAUGACUGCACACAUUUUUAUUUUUAUAUCAGUAGUUAAAUGAAGAGGUAGGCAUAUCAGUACCAACUAAAACUUGGAUUGGAAUCUGCCUCGCUCGCUCGCAGCAAUAGAUCUCUGUGCGCGUCGCUGGCAGCCUGCUUGCCCAAGAGUCAUUGGGACACAGCUGGAAAACCAAUGACGGUUUCUCGAAAUGUACACAAAAAACUUUAAGAUUUGACUGCUAAGUGAUAGUCCCUGUUCUCCUGCAUUCUUGUUUUACUUUUGUAAGUAGAGCGGCGGUUUGUUGGGGAGAAGAAUGUCAAGGAAAGUUUUGCUAGCUGGCUAAUUUUAGAUGGCUAACGUUAGCUCUCUAGCUAAUCCCCCACUUACAUGGUAAGUUUUCUUUUCUUUUUUUUACCUGUUGUAGCUAGCUAGCUAACGUUUUGACAUUUUGAUAUCUGUUUAGUUAAUGACUGUGUGUGUGUAUCUGUCUGUGUGAGAGACGGACAGAGAGCGAUGAUGAUCACAAUAACUUUAGAAAACAUUGGCAUGUCAAUGUUGUCAUACUAGCUGUGUGUGACAGGGAGAUGAUCACAAUAACUUAUAGAAAAGAUUGUUAACAUUGUCAUGCUAGCAGUAUGUGUGUGAGAGUGAGUGAAUGAGAGAUGGUUGAUGAAUACAAAUAUAGGAAACAUUGACUGUGUGUGGAGACAUUUUUAGCUAGCCUAAUUCUUUAAAUAUGUACCCCGAUAUGGAUGUGAAGUUUUUGUUGAUUCAUCAGGGAUCCUUGUAUUUGUGUAUUUUGUAUUUGACAUUAUGAUGCAUUUUGCCUAUCCCAGCUCCCUCAACACUCAUUCUAACGUUACACCUCUCAACUGCCUUUUUCAAUUCUUGAUCAUUUUUGUUGUUGUUGCAGGAAUCUUCAAGUUUGGAUGAAGGAGGGGAACAAAGGGAAGGAGGACAGCAGUAAUCCAGCCUGCUGACUAAGAAAUGCAAAUAUCCUAUGUUUUGCUGUCUGCCUGACUGCCAGAUUGCUGAGGGGCAACAUGGUCAAUGUACUUGCUAGGCUAAGUCUAACUUAGUGAAGACCUUAGGUCUUCUGUAGUAGCUAGGUUAAGGAACUUAAUGGUUAAUCAUGAUUUGUCUCAAUCUUUAUGGUUCCUGAAACAUGUCAAUGACCUGAUGCAUGACCUCUACAGUAGUCCUUGGCCACCCACUUAGUUACCAGUGACUUAUUCUGCCACAUCGCAGGGAAAGAAGAGAGCAGAACCACCCCUCAAAUCCAUAGUCAUUGACCGCAAGUUCUGUGUGCAAAAUGUGUAUUGAUUCCUACUAACCACAUUGGUAAGAGCUAGGUUUGUACUAGCCAUGCUGAUGAUCAUUAGUUUUUUUCUCUGAAUCAGGUCUCGCCUGAUCUUAGUGUGCGAAACCCUUGUGUCCUGACUCAACAGAGACCUCCCUUGACUGCCAAGCUGUCCUCAAUUGGGGGAACCUCUGUCCGGAACAAUGUCCUCAGGAUUAUGGAGCAGUGUGUUUUUAUAAAAAGUUGUUUGAAUAUUACAACAUGUAUUAGAUUAAGCAAAACUAUUUUUUUUAUCCAACUACUGUCUACUUUUGGUAUCGUCUUUCUUAAUGUUUCAGAUUGAUGACCAAUUAAUGAAUGUCCCACUUCAAUAUGAAGGGACAGAGAAGCAAACAUGCCUUUGCUACCACUUGUGUGUGCUCCAUUGUACUUGUAAGUCAUGAAAAGCCUGAACACAAGAGGUUGAUGUGUUACGGACCCUCGGGGAAGUCCUAAAAUAUGUCCCGGACCGCCGUGGAGAAGGACGCAAAGUAUGGUGCAGAAACUGGACCAGAAGCUCCCUGUGGCCAACGAGUACCUACUGCUGUCAGGUGGCGUGCGGGAGGGCGUGGUCGACAUGGACCUAGACGAGCUGAGCGUCUACGCCCGCGGCACCGACUACGACAUGGACUUUACCCUCCUUGUGCCUGCACUCAAGCUGCACGACCGCAACCAGCCGGUCACUCUGGACAUGCGCCACUCAGCCCUGUGCCACUCGUGGCUGAGCCUGCGCCUCUUCGACGAGGGCACCAUCAACAAGUGGAAGGACUGCUGCACCAUGGUAGACCACAUCAACGGCGCCACCAACUACUUCUUCUCACCCACGCUGGUGGCUGACUGGUUCUACGAGUCCAUCAGCGUGGUCCUGGUGGAGAUCCAGAAGAAGCCCCAGCGCGGCAUGCCCCGCGUGGAGAAGGUGGAGCGGAAUGGCACCAUCAUCUCCGUCAUCCUGGGCGUGGGCAGCAGCCGCAUGCUCUAUGACAUCGUGCCUGUGGUCUCCUUCAAGGGAUGGCCGGCGGUGGCCCAGAGCUGGCUGAUGGAGAACCACUUCUGGGACGGCAAGAUCACAGAGGAGGAGGUGAUCAGCGGCUUCUACCUGGUGCCUGCCUGCUCUCACAAGGGCCGCAAGGAGAAUGAGUGGCGCCUGUCGUUCGCCCGCAGCGAAGUGCAGCUCAAGAAGUGCAUCUCGGCCAGCCUGAUGCAGGCCUACCAGGCGUGCAAGGCCAUCAUUAUCAAGCUGCUGUCAAGGCCCAAGGCCAUCAGCCCCUACCACCUGCGCAGCAUGAUGCUGUGGGCCUGCGAUCGGCUCCCCGCCACCUACCUGUCCCAGGAAGACUUCUCAGCCCACUUCCUGCUAGGCCUCAUCGACGACUUGCAGAACUGCCUGGUCAACAAGAUGUGCCCCAACUACUUCAUCCCGCAGUGCAACAUGCUGGAGCACCUGUCGGACGAGACGGCCAUGCUCCAUGCCCGCAAGCUCAGCUCGGUGCGCUCCGACCCGUCCGAGCACCUGCGCACCACCAUUGAGCAUGCCAAGGCGGCCAACCGGCUGACCCUGGACCUGCAUUGGCGCGGCAGUUCCUCAAACCUGCCGUCGCCACAGUCGGACGCGGGCGGCGAGCACCAGCCGGAUGACCGAUUGGCUAAGAAGCUGCAGCAGCUGGUGACGGAGAACCCCGGCAAGUCCAUCUCGGUGUUCAUCAACCCCGACGAUGUGACCCGGCCGCACUUCCGCAUCGACGACAAGUUCUUCUGAGACUUCAAAAUAUAAAAAUACUGUUCUCCUCCUCCCCCCCCACGGCACCCAUUCUUCUCCCUUUGACUAGAUCGGUCGAGUCGUAAAAUUAGUCGGUUUCCCAAGUAACGGUCGCCACAGAGCGUUGUGAGGUGCUUUUGUCCAAUGGUGUCUUCCCAUUUUGUUUCCCUGUCCCUGACACCUGUCCCCACACCCCACCAACCCUACAGUACCCGUGUCACUUUUUAGAAGGUCUUUACAGAACUACAUGAAACAGGUGGGAGAGGAGGUACUGUGUCUUGCCUCGGAAGGUUAAGGAAUGUCUUUGUCCCUGUAGGUGAACUGAUGGUACUAACGCCGUUAACUGUACAUAGAGAGAGUUGAGUGGAUAUGUGUGUGUGUUGACUUUGGUCUUGCACAGAAUGUAGAGGCACACAGUUAUCAUGGUGGAAGUGCUAUGAAGUGAAGUCUGAAAUGUUGCAUAUCUUUUAGGAAGGCAAUUUCAAUGGUAUUUUUUUCUCCGCUGGGCUAAAUGCUCUGAAUUUAUACCUACUGGUUUAGAGUAUGUUUAGAGCUGUUAUUCCAAUAAGCUGUUUCUAACUUUACGUUCUUUGUAGGCAUGUCCAUGUCCUAUGUGUAUAGUGAACAGUUCCAGACGUAUCCCGAAUAUGCCAAAAAUCUGCAGAUAUCUGACCGGCAAUGUGAUACACAUAUCUUCAUCCUCAAGUGCAAUUAGUAAACAAACACACACACACACACACACACACACACACACACACACACACACACCACACCAUACAUAAACGUGCUAACACUCAUCAUACACACUCCUGAUUAGUGAAAUGGUGUAUUUUAAUACGUAUUUGUGAUAUUCUAGAACUCUGGGACCUUGUCCUUUUGUUUGUCUUUGUUAUAUGGAACUCUGAAACAUUUUACAUAGUCUUAUUUUCCAUAUUUGCUGCUGACCUUAUGAAGAUGUUUUAUGAUUGACUGGUUAUGCGAAUUAAGUUAAAAACAGACCAUUAUGAAUUUGAAUUGGACAUGUGCGUAGCUACUGUGUACAUAGUACUGGAAAACAGCAGUGGGAUCCUGCCUGUAUCAUUUGUAUGGAUCAAUCUGGCAGCGGCAUUGUCAGCACCGACGAAUCGCGUGGCCUCUAUUAGACAAAUCCUGUUGAGUCAAACCUGUCAUGGACCAAUCAGAAUGGACCAAAUGAGCAACCUCAACAUUGGCAGGGAUCAAACACACUGCCUUAACAUUAAUUUGGAGCAAUCACUGGAGUGGCCUGAAGAAUGUGUUCUAUGCCUUUCCAAAGGCAUACUGGCCGCGUUCCGGGCUGACUACGUUUCAGACGCCUGCCAAAUCUCACAAUGCCUGGAGAGCUGUCAUAUCACAUCAUAUGAUAUGUCAUAUCACAUCACGAUAUAGCAAUCUGAUGCCUGACUGUACAAAUCGAUCGACCAUGGGUGGAUGCAAUGCAACGUCUGCAAUGUAGUUGGCCUGAAACAUGACCAUACUGUAUGAGAGGGAGCGCAAGUCCCGCGUUCGGCCUACAAUGACCAUAUCAAAUUGUGUGAUUUAAUCUGAGAUCUGUGUAGAUGGUAACACUAUAAACAAGCUCAACUGUAAUUAAACAUAUUUAACAACAACCCUAAAGAGAAACUGCUUGAAAAUAAUUGACAAACAACGUUGUAU